GCAAUACCAAAAACAGAAAAUGAUUUGGGAUGAGAGCUGGAUCGUCAACUACAAUAAUAUCAUGUUUGGUAAAGUGUGUUACACAGGUUUUUGUAGCAGCACAAGUCUUCAGACUGUAAAGAGGAACUCCAGUGUGAGUAGAGUCACAGAUGUGACGGUCUGCACUGCAGUCAACACUUUCAACAACUUCAAACCACGCUUCAUUCAGGCUGGCAUCUAUGAUGGAAGGACUGUAGCUGUAAAACACAUACAGAAGAAACACUUUACCCUCACCAAAACAAUCAGAAAAGAGGUCAAAGAGGUCAGGGAGCUUGAUCACCCAAACCUUUCCAAGUUCUUAGGAGGCUGCAUUGAAGUUCCUUUCAUAAGCAUAAUCACUGAAUACUGUCCAAAGGGAAGCCUGGCAGAUGUGCUGUUGAACGAGGAUGUCCCCAUCAAUUGGGGUUUUCGAUUGUCUUUUGCUACUGAUAUUGCUCGAGGAAUGGCUUACCUGCAUCAGCACAAAAUGUUCCAUGGCCGUCUUCAUUCACGCAACUGUGUGAUUGACGACCGGUGGGUCUGCAAAAUAUCAGAUUACGGGCUGAUGGCCUACAGAAAGGAGGACUUUGAGGACAUGAGCACCAAUUUCCAAUGUCAAAACGUCUAUCACAUUUACUGCGCACCUGAAGUUCUGCUGAGAAUCAGCACCAGUUUCACAGCCGCAGCUGAUAUGUACAGCUACUCCAUUAUUUUGGUGGAAAUUGCUACUCGCAGUGACCUCAUUUCACAGGAACAGGCAGAUUCAGUGAAGCUUGAUGUCAUGUGGCGCCCAUCACUUUCCAAACUGAAUGCUGGGAAAUCAGACAAUGAUUGCCCAGAUCCUGAUGAUUACUGUGAGCUGAUAAAGAGAUGCUGGAACCACAAUGUGACCAUGAGGCCGACGUUUGAGCAGGUGAAAAAGAUUCUCGAUAAAAUGAACCCGCACAAGGUCAGCCCUGUGGAUAUGAUGAUGAACCUGAUGGAAAAGUACAGUAAACAUUUGGAAACCAUUGUAGCCGAGAGAACACAGGAUCUUCUUCAGGAGAAGCAGAAGACUGACCGUUUACUCUAUAGCAUGUUACCAAAAGCAGUGGCUGAUGAUCUUCGUCAGGGACGUACAGCAGAAGCCCAAAGUUACUCCAAUGCCACUGUAUAUUUCAGUGACAUAGUGGGCUUCACCCAGCUGUCCGGCUCCAGCACCCCUCACCAGGUUGUGGAUUUCCUCAACAAGCUUUACACCACGUUUGAUGACAUCAUCGACAACUACGAUGUGUACAAAGUGGAAACUAUAGGAGAUGCUUAUAUGGUGGUCUCGGGAGUACCAAAAGAGAACGGGAUCAAUCACGCUGGGGAAAUCGCCAGCAUGGCGCAGGACUUGAUCAGUGUCUGUAACACGUUUAAAAUCCCACACAAACCCACCACACAGCUUAAGAUACGAGCUGGCAUUCAUUCAGGUCCCGUUGUAGCUGGGGUGGUUGGCACCAAAAUGCCACGGUACUGCUUAUUUGGCGACACUGUAAACACAGCAUCCCGUAUGGAGUCCACCAGUGAAGCUUUAAAGAUCCAGUGCAGUGGCUCUACAGCAGAUCUUCUACACACACUUGGUGGAUAUGUGCUGAUGUGUCGUGGGUCUCUCUAUGUGAAGGGGAAAGGCGAAAUGACAACUUGGUGGCUGGAGGCAAAAAGAAGCCCCACAGACCCUUUGUUCAGUGAAGACGAACCUUUGGGGCUUCCUGUUCCUGUUAGCAGUUAACGUAUGUGCUACGGUCAUGAAACGGUCACAGAAACCUUAACAAAUAAAUAGACAUGUUUACCAGAUAUGCUAACUGACUUAAGUGUUUACUUAGUGUUUGUGUAUGCUAUUACAUUUGAUUGCUGCUAUGCUGAAAUAUUGCUGCUGUUAUUGUUUUGUGUAUUAGACAAGAUGUUGUAUAUAUCGUGUUUGGAAGAUUUAAAAUGUCUUUGUCAUAUGAAGGGCAGAUGUGUUCAUAGAGACAACUUUUCAUUCAAUAUUUGUGGUUAUUUUAUCUUCAUCAGUGCAUAGGUUGUAUUUUAAAGUAUAUAUGCUGGAAUAAAAUGUCCAAGCUGAUUUGUCUGAUGUAAAUGUUCUAAUAAAUAUUUAGUUUUGCAGUGAUAAACUAUAUUUUAGCACUACGUUACUAAAACUAUCACUAUAUCACAAUAAACUACAUUACUUCAUUACAGUAACUAACCUAUUUUAGUGUUUAGCCCCUGCAUUGACUGCGACGACGCCUAUUGGUGGAUAUUCUGCGGGGGGUGCACGAGUUAAGCCAAUGACACGCCCUCGUUUUCGUUGCAUGGCAACACAUUCGCUUGUGAGUGUUUUCGUUCAAGGUUGUGCUGCAGAAGGCGCCUGCAUCAAUGUAACGACGUGCCACAGUAAGACACUUUAUUACGCAAAUUAUCUGGAAAAGAUGUAUCAGUCCGUGCCGAAUGUCGGGAAAUGAAGCUGACAAACCUCACGAGUGCUCUUGAAUGCCAAAAGAUACGCAGUAAGUGAACCGCUGAUGGUUUGCAACUUAAAGUCCUCAUUUGUUAACCACGACAUCGGUAUGUUAUUCUGAAACGCUUUUAUGGCGCAUAAGCCAUUGCAAUUUUGUGUAAAGAAAAGCGCAGAAAUCCUUCUAUUCACUUUAACCUACUUUAGAUCUGAUCAUGGUGUGCUCUCUCUAGGUGUGUACUAGCUUUUCAUGGAUUUUUAUAUUAAGUCGUUUAGUGGAAUAAGCAAGUCUCAGUA